CUGCAUAAAUUUCUUGAAGAUCUCACCCGUACAGUGCUUGCUACGUACUUGUGCUCUCAUCUUGAGCUGUCUCUGGCAGUGUAUCGGAAAAUGUUGAUGUUAGACAGAAAUCAAGAAUUGGCAUAUCCCCCGCUGAUCCGCGGAUGGUUCGUGGCUUGUAUGGACUUUGGCACACUGUACUGACGCUGCCUAUCAACGCUGGAUUUGGGUAUGAGAACAGGAGACUAAAGUCGAAUUGAUGGCACUCUACAUCUCAUGUAGAGUCCUCCCGGUUGAUUUUCUGGCGAGUGGGCUCUGAUAGAAGAAAACGAUAAGGCGACACCCCACAAGAGAGACAUGCUUUUACCUAUUGCUUACCAUAUAUGUAUGUAUGUAUGUGGUGUGGUCAAAACCUCGAAGCGUUCCACGCUAUCCCAUUCUGAUAAUGUGGUGGCUGGCCACACAUUAAGAUCUUCAACGGCUUUGGGCCCGCCGCCAUGGGCACGGUUGCGUCUGCGCAAUCAGUUUGAAAAUCGCAUCGCUUAUUCGUAAUGUUAGCAAGCCAAAAAUCAGCUGUUUCUUGUUAUCGGUGUCCGAUGGUAUAUCGAAGUCGAUUGCAACUAUGACUCUCUCUCUCUCAUUGCGAUUAUCAGAUUAUAUUGGAAUUGCCAUUUACCAGUAAUUUGCUAAAUUGUGUAAUUCCUAUAGAAGAAUGGUGAAUCCGCAUUAUAAAAAAUAGAACAAAAGAAAGAGCAUGGAACCCGGGAAAAAGAAUAAGCAGAAGCCGACACAGGAAAAAGAGAAGAACAAGUCUGAAGACGCAGCCUCGGAUGCCGUAGGCUCCGGCGUGCGUAAAUCGGAGGAGGAUUUCGUCGAUUUUUACGAGGGCGUUGCACUCGGACCGCCCCAGCAACGGAUGCUCUGCAAAGCCGUACCAGAAAAUGUGCUCGCGGACUAUGAGCAGAUGUUCGAGACGAUCGGGAAUGUCAUCAAGGAAAUAGUUGACUUCGGUAAGUACGAAGUAUACGUGAUGCUGUAUCCCACUCUGGCCAUUGGCUACCUGCAAAUGGUGUGGAGCGGCAAGUAUAAGAGGGCCAUAUCCUUCGUGGGUACGAACGAAUACAAGUUGGACGAUUCCUACAAGAGGCGCGUCGAAAAUCUGAAGCGCAUCCGCACGCCAGAAGACCUGCCGGAAAGAGCCCAGGAGCUGCUAUCUGGUGCGGACACAGUGGUGAUAUUCAUGGCCAGGAGCACCUCGAACCAGUUCAAAGUACUCCAAUCUCAGUUUUGGACGAAGGGGCAGCUCAAGACGUUCUUGUCCCACUUUAAAAUCUUGAUCUACUCUGAUGAGAUGAUGCCCCAGGCGCAUAUCCACCUCGAUCGUCCUUUGCCGGCGCCAUUUGCCUGGGCUUCCGUGGACGCCAUUCCGGACUGGCCGUUCGAUCGAAUAAGUUACCCAACCUGAGCACUUACAUGGCC